AUGUCCGUCACUCUUCUCAAAAAAUACCUGCCAAUCUCUCUGGCCUUGCUAUUAUUCUACGGAAGCGCUUCACGAUUCACGCACGGCGCAACAUCAACUGCAUCGUUUUACCUGUAUCAAAACGAUCGAAGCCCCGAUGAUGGAUCAACUCUAUCCCAAAUGAUUCCUGUUUUCGAUCUUCUUAUUGGGUCCGCUAUCCUACGACGGGGCUUACCAAGCAAGCUCGCGACCUGUUUUGUCGCUUCUGCCAUCGGAAGUGUAGCUGUUCAACGAUAUAUGGCUGGUUUGGACUGUCAAGGAGAUUUUCUGCAGGCUAUUUGGGCGAUUGCUACGGCGGUUGUGGUAUUUGUUCACACACGGCAAUAUCUCGCAUCAACUGCAAAUGGCGACCACGAUAUACCAAAGCUCGCUGUAAACCAAUACAUUCCUCACGAUAAUCCAAACCCUCAGCCUGGCGAUGUCACCAUUGUUGGCGCUCACGCCAAUGGGUUUCCAAAGGAACUGUAUGAACCACUGUGGGAUGAACUGUUCGAAAGUGCAAAGAAGAAGAAUAUUCGAGUAAGAUCGAUAUGGAUUGCGGAUGUGUGGAAUCAAGGCCAAUCAGGUGUCACUAACGAGGUUCUUCUUGGCAACGAUUCAAGUUGGUAUGACCAUGCGAGAGAUCUGAUGUAUCUCAUCAACCAAAAUCAACGAGAUAUGCCUCAUCCUAUCGUUGGGAUUGGUCACAGUAUGGGCGGAACUCAACUGGCACAGCUGGCGCUUUGGCAUCCUCGACUCCUAAGCUCACUUGUUCUCAUCGACCCGAUCCUACAGAUCCCAAAUCCUAGUAUAUCUCUCGCUGGUCUUUCCACUAAAAGGCGGGAUAUCUGGCCAUCAAGAGAUGGUGCCGCUGCCAAGUUCAAGCAGAGCAAAUUCUUCCAGGCAUGGGAUCCUCGUGUGCUUGAUCUUUGGAUCGAACAUGGUCUGCGCGAAGUUCCCACAGAGCUCUACCCAGCAGAGAAGGACCCAGUGUCUGAUGGCAGGGUCACACUGACAACAUCAAAGCACCAAGAGCUGUUCAGCUUUGUCAGACCAAUAUAUUUAUCAAGGGAAUGGGAACCUUCAAACGAUCAAGAUCUCGAACAGAAUCUAGAUUGUCCAAACUACCCUUUCCACCGUCCGGAACCACCAAGGAUAUUCCGCCAGCUUCCUGAGCUCCAGCCAAGUCUACUUUAUAUCUUUGGAAAGCAAUCAGACUUCUCAACCCCACCUCAACGGCAGGAGAAGAUGCAAAUCACUGGUACAGGAGUUGGAGGCAAUGGCGGUUCUGCUUCUGGAAGGGUGCAAGAAGCAGUCCUCGAUUGCGGCCACUUAGUCCCGAUGGAAAAGGUCUCAGAGUGUGCAGAUACAAUAACUUCGUUCCUUGAUAAGGACAUGGACCGAUGGCGAGCUGAGCAAGACGCUAUCAAGAAGCAUCGAGAGGGCAUGUCACGACGGCAGCAGAUCACAAUUGAUGAGGAGUGGGAAGACAAAGUGAAGCUUGGAUAA